CUCCCACCCGUCCAAGGUGAGGAGGGUUUCUUUCCGUGCGCCGAGGUCUUGGCCCGUCGGUCGUUUACUUGCAGUUUAUUACCUCGUUUCUUCUUCUUGGGAUUUUGUGGUUUGUCCGCGGCAGUUGAUCUGCGAUUCGCUUGCAUUCGGGGUCGGUUCUUGCGAAACCUAGCUUGACCGCAGGUAGGUAGCUCUGUUCUUGUUAAUUUUGAUUUGAAGGGCAUCACAUCAGUCACCAGAGACCUAUUUGUUUCUUUGGUUGAUGAUGUUUUUUCCUUCAGAGAUCCUAUGCCAGAUUUCUCAGUGAAACACUGUCUUCUCCCGUUGUCGAGAUUUCAGGAACCAGUCCUAGUUCUAUAUGUUUCACCCAUAAAACUCCAUUCUUUCCCGUCGCUAAAUUUUUUUUCACCACAUUUCACGCUACUGCCUCAAGAUCUGUUUGGAUUAGGUUACUGAAACCCUCACGAAAAAACGGCGGAAAUAUAAAGAAACACGAGAACGUGUUUCGUUUUUUCCGUAUAGAAGGCAACACCUUUUCGGCACCAAGCAUUUCCUUUGCUUCUUUUCCAAUUGGAGGUCAAUGCCGUAACGAAAGAAGGAAAGCUCGUUUGCAUCCUUUUUUGCGGGCCAUCGCGGUGUUGAUAAGGAAAAGGCGAUUGCCCCACCAGUCCUGUUUGGAUUUCCUCCGUUGUUUUGAUUUUUUUGCAUGGAGCACUGCUAUGUGGGACAGCCGAUCUCGAGGGCCGAGGCAAUGCCCGAGAGGAGGUCCAGGUUCUGGCAGAUGGAUGCGCCUCCUCCGCCCCGGGCGGAGGUCAUCUGCCCCCAGCCUCGCCGCGCCACCCGGAUUCCCCUCACCGCUGUGGAAACCCUGAACAAAGCCAGCCCCAAGAUGAACGGUGCAUUUCCGCCGUACAGAUCGGACUCCACUUGCGAUAUACUUGAUCUUAUCCUCAGUAAGAAUGACUCGGAUGGAGAUUCGAGCAGCCAGGUGGGCUUCUUAUGCGGCUCACCUCCGAUACGCGCUGACAACCCUGUUAUCCAUGAUCCACAGUUUGGUAAAAGACUGCCAUCCUUUUCUCCUCUAGGAGGGAGCUCCUAUGGCAAAAUGCCAGCAGUACGAGUUGAAGUAGGCUCGCCAUCUUGCGGCGUUAGCAGCAGCCCAAAAGUAAGGAUUGAAGGUUUCGCCUGUGGCAACUCCGAGACCCACUAUGCAGUUACCUUUGUCUGAGCAUUUUGUUGGUAUGUUCCUGAUUUUGCCCUUGGACCGACCGACCGCUCGCUCCUUGUGAAUCACCGUGGUGGUGUGCAGGAUAUUAAGUAGUGCAUUUAAGCUAGCCUGAUUAGAGUUGCCUUUUGCCCUUCUGACUGGCAAUCGAAACUGCACAAUUGCAGUGAGUAGUGAGAUGUAUAUAAGUGAGGUCCCCGCAUAUUUACCUUAUGAUGUAUGUGUCUAGUAAAUUUAGCUGGAGAUCUGGUGUUUCAUGGAUAAGAGCCUGUGAAUAGAGUUGAGUUUUUGCAUUCAGAAGUAAGAUGCAACAUGGAGUUUUCAGUUAUUAUUAUGAAUGCAUCUUUGUUUUGUGUCACA